AUGCCGGGGCACAACAUGACGACGGCUGCGCUGGACCGGAAGAAGGCGUUGGGCGGUGCCAGCAAGAAGUACCUGAGGGAGGCGCGGGUGCCGGCCAAGCUGGAGGGGAGCAUCAAGCGCGACCUGACGGAGUUCAUCUUCAACACGUGCGACUUCAACCACGACGGCCAGCUGGACUUCCGCGAGCUGCUGUCCGCCGUCCGCUCGAUGGGCCUCGUCGUCACGCACGACGAGCUCCUGGCGAUCUUCGAGAAGCACGACCUCGACAAAAGCACCGCGCUCAGCCUCGACGAGUUCACCGCGCUGACCACCGACAUCAUCGAGCGCAACACCGACCCGCAGUUCCAACGGAAAGUCGAAGCCGCGUUCCGCGCGCUCGACAAGGACGGCGACGGGUUCGUGAGCGUGGAGGAGCUGCGGUACAUCCUCGUGCGCGACGGCAAGGAGGAGAACCGGCUGUCGGAGGCGGACGCGGAGCGGCUGCUGAGCGAGUUCGACACGGACGUGGACGGGCGGAUGGACGUCUCGGAGCUGACGCGGCUAAUGCUGCACGCGCCGCUCGUGCACAUGAUGCGCGACGCGCUCAAACGCGGGGGCAUCACGCUGUCGGGGAGCGUCGCCAACGCCAAGGACUAG